GCCUCCGGUGGCCGCUAGGGGCUUCCGCCGCCGCAGCGGGGCCCGCCAUUUGUCGGGGGGCAUGGAGGGCGAGAGCACGUCGGCCUUGCUCUCCGGCUUCGUCUUCGGCGCCCUCGCCUUCCAGCACCUCAGCACCGACUCGGACACGGAAGGUUUUCUCCUGGGAGAUGUGAAAGGUGAAGCCAAGAACAGCAUUACCGACUCACAAAUGGACGAUGUGGAAGUCGUUUAUACCAUUGAUAUACAGAAGCAUAUUCCGUGCUACCAGUUGUUCAGCUUUUAUAAUUCUGCAGGAGAACUGAAUGAACUUGCCCUGAAGAAAAUACUAUCGGGCUGUAAGAAGAGUGUAAUAGGAUGGUACAAAUUCAGACGUAACACAGACCAGGCCAUGACAUUCCGGGAAAGGGUUCUUCAUAAGAAUUUACAGUCACAUCUAUCAAAUCAGGGCCUCGUCUUCCUUUUAUUAACCUCCAGCGUGAUGACAGAAAGUUGUUCUACUUACAGGCUGGAACACGCCUUACAUCGGCCCCAGGAAGGUCUUUUCCAGAAAGUCCCUUUGGUGGUUACCAACCUGGGUAUGGCAGAACAGCAAGGUUAUAGGACAGUGUCUGGGUCCUGUGUAUCUUCUGGUUUUGUGCGAGCAGUAAGACAACACAGGUCAGAAUUCUUUUCUGAAGACGGAUCCUUACAAGAGGUUCAUAAGAUAAAUAAGAUGUAUGCCACCUUGCAGGAGGAGCUGAAGAAAAUAUGCUCUGCAGUAGAAGCCAGUGAACGGUCUGUAGAGAAACUUUUAGCAGAGGUGAGCCAAUUAAAAGAAGAAGUAAAGAGGAAAAAGCAACAAAGUUGUUCAGGAGAAAACGGAGACUACCCAGGAGAGCCAAAGGAGAAUGUUCUCCUUUGUCAGGCACUGCAAACAUUUUUCCCCAAUUCUGGACUUCAGACGUGCAUUGUUUCCUUUAAAGGCCAACAGAUAGCCAAGAACUGCUGUACCAUUGACCAUAAUAUUAAUGUCAUGGACAAACUGACUCUCAUGGUAGAGGAAAGAGACUUCAGUGAAGCUGAAACGAGACAUCUAACCAAGCGUAAAGUCAGAGGGACCACAACGGGAUCCAAGUCAUUCAAGAAAUCAAGAUCCCUGCAGCUUCAUCAAAAAUUACUUCGAGACCAAGAGGACAGUGACCAGGAAAGGAAGCUUAUGCUGAGUAGCACCGAAACAGAGGAGGACGUGUUGGAAAAAAUUAGAGACACAAACGAAUACCCACACUCUCCUACUUUCUGAUCUGUUAAUGACUUGGCCAUAGGACUUUGCACGAAAAGCUACUGCCAGUAUAUACAAGUGACAUAAGAAUUUAUGGCACUGCAGGGAUUAAAAAACAAACAAACAAACAAAAAAACCCAGUGGAUUUUUUGCAAGAUGCACAGGUUUGGGUUGUUUUUCCCCAAUGCAUAAAUCCUGUUUGGCAUUAGAGACAAGUCCAGAUGACAUUCCUUCACUUUGCCUUGCGGAGUUCAAUCUGUAUUGGCUCUCUCAGGGUUUCAAGACGACGUUAGCAGUCACAGAACCAUGUCACACAGUGCCUCAGAGUAGUACACCUUCCACUACCCUUCCCUCAGCAGAAGCUGAGGCAGGGAGCAUCAAAUGAAGGCAGGUAACAUGCCUAACAGAACUAGCUGUCUACAUAACUUGCCACAAUUUAAAUACUUUCAUUUAUCAUUAGCUGUCUGCUAUUUGUUUGGUUUUUUCCCCCCCCUUCCAACCACCUGACCUUCAGCAAGAUCUGUGAGCAGAGGAAGUGGUCCAUCCAGGUGCCAAUUUUUGUUGCUUUCCUAUUUCAUGCUUCCUUCAGACAGUUUUAGAGACUGGCAUCCACCCUUCAGUCGGUGAUGCGUCACGCUAGCCAGCCACAUUGGCAGUAAAAAAAGGAUAUAAACAUGAAAA